AUGUCGACUGAAUGGAAACUUCUCGACGACGAUGACCAUCGAAAUCCCAGUAAUGUCGGCCUGUGGAAUACGAAGAAGUCGAAUGGAUUUGAUGAAGGCGCUUUCGCUGGAACGAACGUACAUCCGCGGGGAAUAGCCUUGGACUCAACAGUCGUACUGAUGUUUCAUCCAAUCUUCAUGACGCAGGUGGAUAAGUCUUAUCACGUGCAGUGUAACUACUUGGAAGUGGAGAAGGAGGUGUCGCGAAAGCUGGAUGUGAGGUGA